AUGGCCGCUGCGAGAAUCGCAUGGAGGAACUACAUUCGAGAUGUUCUCGAUUUCUCUCAGGAUGAGGCACAAGAGAUUGUUAUUGAACAGGGUGGUAGAAAAUCACUACGAGUCAUGAAAUGGAUGAUUGACGCAUCAUUUGCGGUGCAUCCAGAUUUCAAGAGCCAUACUGGCGGCACUCUGUCCUUUGGAGGAGGUGCAGCUCAAGUGAUGUCGAAGAAACAAAAACUAAACAGCAGAAGCAGUACGGAAGCGGAACUGAUUGCUGUUGACGAUGUUGUCACGAUGAUACUAUGGACGAAGUUGUUCAUGGAGUGGCAAGGGUAUCCAAUCGAGAAGAAUAUCUUGUAUCAGGAUAACAAAAGCGCAAUUCUACUGGAAGAGAAUUUUUGCAAGAGCGCGGGCAAAAGAAGCCGAGCUAUCAAUAUUCGUUGUUUCUUUAUCACAGAUCAAGUUGAGAAAGGAAAUGUUAAGAUCGAAUACUGUCCAACUGACGAUAUGAUUGCGGACUUCAUGACUAAGCCAUUGCAAGGUGAGAAGUUUCGCAAGUUCAGCAAUCUAAUUCUUGGUCCACAGGACUAG